CGAAGUGGUCCGAAGUUCUCGUGAACUCGCGAAUGAGGUUCGCCGCAGAGCGCCUGUGCACAGCAGAACGUGUUUGUGUUUUCUCCGCCAGUCGCCAGCAUUUCCUGACGUCACCAGCGCCAGCCAGCUUGACGCAACCGAAGUACCGAAGUAAACCAACGCAACGUUUCUAAUAUUUCGCCUGCAACUUGAAUUGAAUCCAUCGCAACGCGUUUGCGAUCGUUUCGUGCGAGUCCAGGUUGGUUAUGUCGUCGCGAUUAAUGCGUCGUCGAUGCGCCCGCGUUGUAAUCGAGCCACCUUUCGAGCCUUUCGAGUGAACCCCGCUCGCCCGCUGAUCGUCGAAUGUGGAAGGUGUUUUUAUCGCGACGACCGUGUGUCCCGUUUGCGAGCUGAGAGCUAAGCCAGUGAGCCCGUGCGCCCAUCGAAUGUGUGCCGUGUGCGUUUACUUCCUUAGCAGUGUCUAAGACGUAAACAAAACAUUCUUGACGAGAUGGACUCUCCAGUCAUGGAUACCAACAACAACAACAACAACAAGGGUAGUAAACCGCCACCAAAGCGCAGGAAUAAUGAAAAGCGAAAGGAGAAAUCCCGUGAUGCGGCGCGUUGUCGUCGCUCCAGGGAAACGGAAAUCUUCUCAGAUCUCUCCGCGGCGUUGCCCCUCACCCAGGAGCAAAUUUCCCAGCUGGAUAAAGCGUCCAUCAUGCGACUAGCGAUUUCAUACUUGAAAGUUCGCGAUAUGAUUAAAUUGGUGCCGGAAAUAUGCACUGAAGAAGCCGAAUCCAAAUGUUUAGACAUCAAACACUCCGAGAAUACUACAGAGUCUGUCUUUUUGAAAACCAUCGAUGGUUUCGUCUUUGUUUUAUCGACUGACGGUGAUUUUGUUUACGUGUCCGAAAAUAUUUGUGAUUAUCUCGGCAUUAAUCAGAUUGAUUUAUUGGGUCAAAAUAUAUAUGACUACAGUCAUCCGUGCGAUCACGACGAGAUCAAAGAGAUGAUCUCGAUCAAAAACAAGGAUCAAUUCGAUAGCGAAGAUACAAAGUCGUUCUUUUUGCGCCUCAAAUGCACACUCACCGCAAAAGGUCGCUCGGUGAAUUUGAAAUCAGCGUCGUACAAAGUGAUCCAUUGCACUGGACACAUGAUGCACACUACAGAUGAUACUCAAGCUUUGGAGUCCAACAGCAAUCUGCAGCAUUGCCUGGUUGCGAUUGGACAACCAAUUCCGCAUCCUUCGAACAUCGAAGCGCCGUUACCACAUCAGACGUUCUUUACCAAGCAUAGUUUGGAUAUGAAAUUUACUUAUGCCGAUGAAAAAAUGUUGGAGUUUUUGGGUUUUGAGUCUGAUGAUUUGAUCGGGAAAUCCGUUUACGAAUAUCAUCAUGCAAUGGAUAUGAAUGUUAUUUCUACAGCUUAUAAAUCAUUGUUUUCUAAAGGACAAUGCGAGACAAAUCGCUACAGAUUUUUGGCUAAAACCGGCGGAUAUUGCUGGGUCCUCACCCAGGCGACAUUGCUCUACGAUAAAGUCCAGAAACCUGAGAGUGUUGUGUGUGUCAACUUCAUCAUAAGCGAGGUGGAGUGUGCGGGCGAAAUCUACGCCGCCUUCCAAUUGGAAUCCUCGUCGAAGAUCCAAGUGAGCGCUAGCGCGCGUGCGCAGACGACGCCGCCGCUGCUCUCGCCGUUGGAGAUUACCACCGAUGCAGAGGAGGAGAUUGACAUCAAGCUGCCGCUUGUUGGUGGCCUGGAGGAUAAUUUCGUGCCGUUGACGAUUACGCCGCCUGCUUCCGUGCCGGAGCAUAUUGUCGAAGAGGACGAUAAUAGUCGGCAGGGUCUGACCGAGCACAAAUUUGAAGUGCACGGGCCGAAGACGGCCACGUCAAAGAUUUUUGCGCCACGAACGGAAGAGAUGAAUAAGGGAUUCCUCACGUUCUCGGACGAAGAACCAGGCCUUACUCGUAAGUAUCUGUUGAAAGAUGAGCCUGAUGACUUGACACACUUGGCGCCUGUGGCCGGUGAUGUAGUCUCGUUGGAAACACAUCCGUUCCUCACGGACAUGUUGGAUGAUUUCCUGCUUAAAGAUGGCGGCUUUUGUCCACUCUUGACCGAGGAACCGCAGGAUCCAUUUAUUGCCUACAGAGAUUCGUGUGACCCGUCGCCACAAUUGCUUUCCCCUAACAUUCUAAAGACUUCGGACUGUAGCCUUCCAUCGCUAAAUAGUCCCACUGACUCGCUCAGCGAGGAAGACCAAAUGACUACAUUUAUGACCUUUCCAAUGGAAGAGGAUCCCGAGUUGGUCAUGAAAGCACCGUAUAUAUCGAUGACAAUUGGCGAUGACUUGCCCUUGCUGAAUUCAGAAGAUCUCAUGUGGAGCGAGGGCGUGCAUGGCGUACAAACGCAAUACUCUAAUCGUAAGGGAUACGCUGGGAAUGGUGUGGCUAAUCCCUCCGGGAUUACCCCCGGAAGCACGUCUAGUCUGGCUGAAUUAUUGAGUGCCAGCGUGAGCAAACACACCAAGGAGGACAUUCUUGACAGGAUAGAUCCCUAUAGCAAUAAAAGUGUGCAUAGUUUAAGCGGAGUAAAGCGUGGUGCUACUCCCUAUGACAUCUCUCCCAAGCGGAUAAAGAGCGAACCGAAGGACAUGAUGUCCUCGGAGUUGCUCCAGCAGCUGAUUUCGAAUAAUACGCACAAUGCAGCCGCGCGACGUGUGAAGAACAAGAGCAAUUGGCUGUUGGACACCGGCGGUAAGAAGGCCGCCUGUGUCAGUCAGCCCAGCGACAGCGUGCUGAUGAAUUUAUUGGAUACUGACCAAUCAAUGCCAUUGUCACCAGCGCAAAGAACAUUAAACUUAUCUGACCAGGAAUCAUUUUUGCUGACGACGAGAACAAUGCAACCACCUUCGCAACAGAUCCAACUACAAAAUGCGAUGCUACAGCAACAGCUUCUCCAGCUGCAACAAAAGCAAUUCCUGCUUGAGCAACAGCAGAUUUUGGAUCAGCGGCAGCCGCAUGCUCGCAAGUCCUCGAUUUCACUGCUCGACCCCGAGGCGCUCGGCAUUUCGUCGCUCCUGGAUCUCACGCAGCAGGACUACGAAGUCAAUGCGCCUGUUUGCAAUAACUUAUUACAGGGAGAUGAUCUUUUGUUCGCUCUGAACAACGACGGUGUUCUCAGCGAUGGGGUCAUCUAGCUAGAGGCUGAACCGUUUGCGGUUCAGGAGGAUGAUCAUGUUACAGAUACAAAUGAAACGAAUGAAAUUAUGCUUACAACAGAUACAAUAGACUUAGAUACGAAUGAAGCAACCGCAGAUGAUAUUUCUAUUUCAAACGACCAACUUGAACAGGAAUCUAACGCAAAACCACAAACGCUGCGUGUACAAUCUUUUAAGAUAGUAAAUUGUAACCGAAGCAACCAAAAUAUUAUUUUGUUAAUUCAAUGAAUUGAAGUUAAGUGCUAAAAUGUAACUAUUGACUGAUUUACGAAGGGUACACAUUAAUCAUAAGCAAACACAAACUACUACAAAUGGAACAAAUAUCUUAAAAUAUUGUACAAGUACUGAUUAUCUCAUUGCAAACAUUUUACCAUUGACCGGACUCAAGUGUCACUUUUACUCUUUGCACUUUUCAAAUCCCACGCACUGAUCCUCAAACUGCCAUCAUGACAUUUCAAUUCAUCAUCAUUUAGCAAGACAUUAGUCCCUAAGAGUAGCAAAUAACGCGAAAAGUUAAUAUAUAUUUUCAAUUAAUGAAGGUUUGGUUUCUGAUUUGUACUUGUAUAAAAUCUAAACUUUGAUUUGAUUUAAGAAUUUACACCACUUUAGCAUAAAUAAUUUGCUCGAUAUCUUACUUAUUUACAUAGAUAUUAAAUUAAUGGCCUUACGGGAAUUUCAAUUAAAAUUAAGCGUUCGUUAACUCAGGAGCGAGUAAAUGCUUUGUGUUAUGUAGAAGAAAAUGGUAACGUAAUAAUAUAGCAAGAAAAAAACUGCAAAUAAUUGAUGGAUACGAUUGCGCACGAGAAUCUACGUCAAGAAUUCUAUAUGAAUUGUAGCAAUUAUAAUAUGUAAUCCAUGCUAGUAAUAAGCAAAUCAUGUUGAAAUAGAUCUGUUAAUAAUAUAAUAUUUACAUCAAUGGAUGAUGACGAACUGGUAACGGGUCGAGGAUACAUUUCGAUUCACUACUGCAACUUCAGAUAUCAUUACAACAAAUGUUACAAGAACAUUGUAUAUUUUCGCCGGGUUUAUUUUAAUAAGGAAAUGAUUGCAACAAUAUGUUAACAAAUAUUGUAAUUCAUACAUACAUAUAUCGGACAGUAGUAUAAACAAUAAGAUAUAUAAAUAUACAUGUACUUUUUUAGUAA